GGUCUGGUUUGUUAUCUUAUUAUGUGAAAAGUCUUGUGAUUACGGACUAUUACCAAUGAAUUUUUAGAACUAAAAUUGUUAUUCGGAUAUUUGUAUCUUGAUGUAAAUGUACCCUGCUGGAAAAAAGGCACAAUGCUUAUUUAUUUUACCAGCUAAACUCUUCUAAUUGAUCGUCACAGCUGAUCUAUUCUGGUUAUAGUUGCGGUCAAGGUUGGUUCUUUACACCUUGUACAAGUGAUCCACGAUUAAGGGGACUAACAAAUAUUUUAAGGCUGCAUGUCAAAAAGGUCAAUUGCUCAAAAUGGGAGCAAAUUACUGUUCCGUCAAGGUACGUUUGUGAGUUUGUUUUAUUUGCAAUAUAAUUUUAUCUGGCAAUGUGUUUCUUCUUAUUCUUCUUAGAUAAGUACCAUCUCUGUCGCUAAGUAUUAUCAUCAUUUAUACAUUUUUCAUUGAUAUUCUUAUUCUAUAAAUCUCAUUUUGUAAUUAUGUGUUCCUCUAGUAUAAGAGCUAUUGUUGCUUUAAAUCUUCAUAACUAUGGAAGUGGACGACAUCCCUGGGGUAAUCUGAAGCCAGAUUAUUUGGAAAAGAAAAAGUUUGUUGAGGCCCAUGAUGAUGAUGGUCUUCUAGAAAUUUUUGGCCUUAAGCACGGAUGGCAUGCAUCAUUUGUUAUGCUCGAACUCAUCUCUGCCAAGCACAUUGCUCAGGUAUAUUGAGAUGAUUUCUUUGGAGAAAUUCUUGACAACAUUUGUAGUUGAGGCCUUUAGAAUGGAAGAAUAUAUUUCACUAAUUUUUGUAUACAUUUCUUGUUUUGUAUUUAGUGAUAAAGGAAUCAGAAUUGGGCAUAAAUUAUGUUGUAAUAUGAUUUCUUAAGCCUAGACUAGUAGACUAAAUAUUUUAAUUACAUUUGAGUAAUUAAUAAAAAUCUAUUUAUGUUA